AUGUCCAGCAACUACGAUAAUACCUUCGACGAUGCUCCGGAACGUGCUAGAGUCUCUAACCUGGAAGACCUCCCCAUGGAUAUCCUGUCAUCUGUUCCAGCCCUGAGUGACACUCUGAGAGACCCGCUGAGAAAGCAAUGCCUCAAAUGGGCUCUUCCCUCCAAGGAGCAUUACGAGCGAUUCACUUUUGUUGACGAGAAGGAGGCAAUUAUCCGGGGCCGUUAUCAAGUCGUGCAGAAUGUGCUGGAUGCUGGCGUCCACCCCCACAAAAGCUACGAUCUCUUUGCGAAUUCAUUCUGGCAUAUUGCCGUGAGAACCCGAAACCUGCAAAUGAUCCAGGUCUUUCUCUCCCAUCCGGAGAUUGACGUCAAUCAGGAAAAGUGGUCGGGGAGCCGGGCACUAGACAUGCUGAGCCCCGUCUGGUGGCGGUAUCUGUCAGCCGAUUAUCCAGCCCUCAGGACGGUCAUAAGUUCACGAAUCACCGACGAUCCCUCUCCGGCCAUCGUGGGAGGGGAUCAAAGGAUCGUCCAGCUUUUGCUCGAGAAGGGCGCAGUGUUUUCCUCAGCCGAGUUCUUUACCUAUCUGGUCCAGCGCCCGGGCGGACCGGACCUUCUCAGACGGGCAAUCCGAAAUGGCCUCUACAAGAAUGGCAGCACUAUAAACUGGUACGGUCUGCGCAAACAUAUUUCACGCUGUAUUCAGAAGCUCUCGGUGAACAUUUUGGAUGUCAUAGUGCAAGAAAUCCCGGAGGUGCUGUCGAUGCCCGGGCUCGGACUGAUCCUGGAUGCACUUGGACAAAACUUGUUCUGUAAACGCUCAUCCCACAAAUUCGCCUCGUACAUGAUACGACAGGGAUUCCGCCUCAAGCUCAGUUAUUAUUUGGACAGAAAAUACCCUGAGUUGGCGUUUGUUCUUGGUAAACUGGAACCGAAUCCUAGAUUCUAUGGCUCGGAAGUCUUACCCCGGAACGUCUGGCGGAAGUGGGCUUCGCUUGCUGAGCUGCUGCUUGAGCGGCCUGAGCUGCAGCAAGAUGGCUUUGAGACAUGGAGGGACCCGGGCUUGAUUCUUAGAAGCCCACUCCGGGAGGCUCUGGUAGCCAAAAACUGGGACGAGGCCCGAGCUCUACUUAAGGCAGGCCCUGGUCCUUGAAGCUGCA